CCAGCACCCACCAGCUGGGCCAAAAUGGGGAUUAGCAAAGCUGCCUUUCUCUUUCUUCUCUUGCUCAGCUCAGUGAAAGGAGAUAUACUAGAUGACUAUUUAAGAACAGAUGGUGUUUGGAUACUUACUCGAAAUAAACAGUCUUAUGAGACAAAUAGUGAAAAAGCAUGUGCAGAGAAAUGUGAAGAUGAAAGAAAUUUUAAUUGCAGGGCCUUCCUAUUCACCAGGAAAAAGCAACAGUGUUUAACAUUGGCUGAAAAUACCAAAACAACAGUGAUGUUCAACAGCACAGAUACAAUGCUUUAUGAGAAGAAAAUUUACCUCCUACAGUGUAAAAGAGGAAAUGGGAAGGACUACAGAGGAAUGGAAGCCAAAACUCGGAGGGGUAUUCCAUGCCAGAAGUGGGCUGAAAAAGCCCCCCACAAACCAAAUUUUACUCCUGAAAAACACCCCAGUGCAGGGCUGGAAGAAAACUACUGCAGAAAUCCUGAUGUGGAUGAAAAUGGACCCUGGUGUUACACAACAGAUCCUGCUACCAGAUUUGAUUACUGUAACAUCCCAGAGUGUGAAGGUCGGGACACACACAGCAAAGAAGUAGGGUGCAUGCAGUGUAAUGGUGAAGACUACCACGGAAAAGUCUCCAGAACAGAGUCUGGGAUUGAGUGCCAGCACUGGGAUGCUCAAGAGCCUCAUAUGCAUGGAUAUACCUCAGAAAAUUUUCCAGAGAAGGAUCUGAAGAUGAAUUUUUGCCGUAAUCCUGAUGGCGAACUUCGACCCUGGUGUUUCACUACAAGUCCCACUAAACGCUGGGAAUAUUGUGACAUUCCUCGCUGCACUACACAUCCACCAGCUUCUGGACCCAGCUCCCAGUGUCUUUCAGGUAAUGGAGAAGACUAUCGGGGCAGGAUAGCUAUCACUGAAUCGGGAAAUGCCUGCCAACACUGGAACAGACAGUUUCCUCACAGACAUGGCUGGAUUCCUGACAGCUAUUCCUGCAAGGGCUUAGAAGAAAACUACUGUAGAAACCCUGAUGGAGAGAAAAGGCCUUGGUGCUACACCAUCAACAGAGCUGUUCGGUGGGAAUAUUGUGCAAUUCCCCACUGUGAUGAGACAGAACAGCAGACUGCUGGCACUGAUGUGCCCAAACAGAGCCCUGUCCCAGAGGAGUGCUAUCGAGGUAAAGGCCUGAGUUACCGUGGCACGACUUCCUUCACUGUGUCAGGAAAGAAAUGCCAAGCCUGGAACUCCAUGUUCCCGCACAGACAUGAAAAAACCCCAGACAAAUUCCCAAAUGCGGAUUUGAGGGAGAACUACUGUAGAAACCCAGAUGCUGAUAAACGUCCGUGGUGUUUCACCACUGACCCCAGUGUGUCAUGGGAGUACUGCAGUCUAAUGAGGUGUGAUGACCAGAUGCAAGGGCAUGCACCAAACGACCUUCCUGCAACGACGGUGCAAAGCUUUGGCCCCACUACACCCACCACAUAUGACUGUAUUAAUGGUAACGGUAAAGAUUAUCGUGGCACAAUAGCAAGAACUGGAACAGGCAGAACUUGCCAAGAAUGGAGCUCUCAGACACCUCAUAGCCACAACUAUUUCACUCCUGUGACUCAUCCAAGAGCAGGCCUGGAUAAAAAUUAUUGCAGGAAUCCUGAUGGAGAUGUAAAUGGUCUUUGGUGCUUCACAACAGACCCAGAAAAAAAAUGGGAAUACUGUGAAAUCCCGCGCUGCUCUUCUUCUCACCCUGAUUGUGGAAAAUUCCCAAUGAGAAGAGGGCGAGCCUGUGAGCCAUAUGGCAUGUGUUAUGCAUCUCCAGGGUCUUGGCCUUGGCACGUCAGUCUCGGGACGAGUACCAACGUGCACCACUGUGUGGGCACUCUGAUACAUCCGCAGUGGGUUCUUACUGCAGCUCAGUGCCUGCAACAGUCAUCAGAGCCUUCUUCCUACAGGGUCUUUUUGGGGCUACAGAACCUGAAGGUAGCAGAGCCAUAUUUGCAAAUCCGUACUGUUCAGAAAUUAUUCAAGGAACCCAAUGGAGCAGACAUUGCCUUGUUGAAGAUGAGCAGUCCUGUAAUGCUUACUGACCAUGUGAAACCAGUUUGUUUGCCUGAAACAAAUCUGAUGGCGGAAAGAAACACAGUAUGUUUUCUAAUUGCCUGGGGAAAAGCAAGAGGUACUGACGGAGACAAUAGAUUAAAGGACAUUGAAUUCCCUGUGCUUGAAAAUAGAGUAUGCAAUCGCCCCGAAUUUCUGAAUGGAAGUGUCAGAAAUCACGAAUUUUGUGGUGGACUUACUUUUGGAAGCAUAGAUUACUGUGAGGCUGAUGCUGGAGGACCUCUGGUUUGCCGAGAUAAAGACAGAUUUGUCCAAUAUGGAGUCACCUCUUGGGGACUAGACUGUACCCAGCCAUCAAAGCCUACUGUUUUUGUCCAAAUUCCUAGUUUUGUUUCUUGGAUCAAGAAUGUAAUACUGCCAGAGGUGUUUGACAAUGUGGUAACCCAGCAAAUACCUGCGAGGAAACAGGAGGGACACAGGGUGAACAGGGGCUGUGGUGGGGAUGGUGCCACGCGGUACCAAGGAGGACAGGGCUGUGAUGGGGAGGAAGCAGAGGUGGCCUGUCCACGAGCCACCAUGUCCACCUCGGGGGCAGCAGGUCCCUCUGCGGCUGCCCCCAGUGCUCUGAUGGUGCUUCAAGCCUGCACUGUAAAUGGGGCAGCUCUGCUCAUACCAGAUGCUGGCUACCCCUCCAGUGUGCCAGGAGGGGAUAGCACGCAACUUCCAGCACCCACCAGCUGGGCCAAAAUGGGGAUUAGCAAAGCUGCCUUUCUCUUUCUUCUCUUGCUCAGCUCAGCACUAGGAGACAUACUAGAUGGCUAUGUAAGAACAGAGGGGGCUUGGCUGCUCAGCUCAAAGAAGCAAACUUAUAAGACAAGUAGUGAAGAAAACUGCGCAGAGCAAUGUGAAACCGAACAUAAAUUUACUUGCAGGGCCUUCUUAUUCACCAGUAAAGACCAACAGUGUUUAACGUUGGCCGAGAACACCAAAACAGCAGUAAUAUUCAGAAGAACAAAUGCAGUUCUUUAUGAAAAAAGAAUUUAUCUUCUAGAAUGCAAGAAGGGAAAUGGGGUGGAUUACAGAGGAACAGAAGCCAAAACUCGGAAGGGCGUGCAGUGCCAGAAGUGGGCUGAUAAUGUACCCCAUAAACCAAAUUACACACCUGAAAAAUAUCCCAGUGCAGGGUUGGAGGAAAAUUACUGCAGAAAUCCCGAUAAAGAUGGAAAGGGACCCUGGUGUUACACAACAGAUCCUGCUACCAGAUUUGAUUAUUGUAACAUUCCAGAGUGUGAAGUAGAGUGCAUGCACUGCAGUGGAGAAAAUUAUCACGGAGUAAUUGCAACAACAGUAUCUGGGAUUGAGUGUCAGCGCUGGGAUUCCCAGAAACCUCACUCUCACGGAUACCUCCCUGAAAAUUUUCCAGAGAAGGAUCUGAAAAUGAAUUAUUGCCGUAAUCCUGAUGGUGAACCUCGACCCUGGUGUUUCACUACCAGCCCCACUAAACGCUGGGAAUAUUGUGACAUUCCUCGUUGCACUACACCCCCACCAAUUCCUAAACCAGGGCGUCAGUGCCUAUCAGGAAGAGGAGAAGACUACCAAGGCAAGGUAUCUGUUACAGAAUCAGGAAAUACCUGUCAGCACUGGAGUGCUCAAUCUCCUCACAAACACGCUCGCACUCCUGAAAACUAUCCCUGCAAGAACUUAGAGGAAAACUAUUGUAGAAACCCUGAUGAUGAGAAGAUGCCGUGGUGUUACACCACCAACAAAACUGCUCGGUGGGAAUAUUGCACCAUACCCUCCUGUGACGGGACAGAGCCAGAGACCCCUGCUGUUGAUAUGCCUGAGCAGCCUCAAAUUAUUGAGGAGUGUUUUCAAGGCAAUGGCGUGAAUUAUCGUGGCACAACUUCUUUUACUGUCUCGGGAAAGAAAUGUCAAGCCUGGAACUCAAUGUCACCGCAUCGUCACAAUAAAACAGCAGAACAAUUCCCAAAUGCGGACCUGAGGCAGAAUUAUUGCAGAAACCCGGAUGCCGAUAACCGCCCAUGGUGUUACACCACUGACCCCGGUGUGAGAUGGGAGUACUGCAGCCUGAAGAGGUGUGAUGGUGCUAUGCAAGUGAAUUUGCCGAAACCUCCUCAGACAACACCGGAACCAAACCCUGACUGUAUAAAUCAUAACGGUAAAGAUUAUCGUGGCACAGUAGCAAAAACUGGAAGGGGCAGGACUUGCCAAGCAUGGAGUUCUCAGACACCUCACAGCCAUGACUAUUUCACUCCCUUGACGCAUCCAAAGGCAGGCCUGGAUAAAAAUUAUUGCAGGAAUCCUGAUGGAGAUGUGAAUGGACCUUGGUGCUAUACAACAGACCCAAGAAAAGCCUGGGAGUACUGUGACAUUCCCAAGUGCCCACCUGCUCAGUAUGAGUGUGGAAAAUCCAAGUUCAGACCAAAGCUGUGUGCUCAAAGGAUUGUUGGUGGGUGUAUUUCACAUCCACAUUCCUGGCCCUGGCAAAUCAGCCUCCGAACAAGUUUCGGCCUACAUUUUUGUGGGGGCACUCUCAUAGACCCACAGUGGGUUCUUACUGCCACUCAUUGUUUAGAAAAGUCAUCACGGCCAUCUGCAUACAAAGUAUUCCUCGGAUUACACAGAGAAAGAGCUUUAGAGCCAUCAGUGCAAAAACGAGACGUUGAGAAAUUGUUCAAGGAGCCACAUGGGGCAGACAUUGCUCUGCUGAAAUUGAGCAGCCCAGCAGUCAUCAACGACCACGUAAUCCCUGUUUGUUUGCCUAGAGAAAAUACCGUGUUAGGAGGAAGAGAGGAGUGCUAUGUGACCGGCUGGGGGGAUACAAAAGAAACUGGUGGAGAUGGCUACUUAAAGGAAACUGGUUUCCCUGUAAUUGAGAAUAAAGUAUGCAAUCGCCCUGAUCUUCUGAAUGGAAGAGUCAAAAAACAUGAGCUCUGUGCUGGGAAUAUUCAUGGAGGCACAGAUAGUUGCCAGGGGGACAGUGGAGGACCUCUAGUCUGUCUUGACCAAGAUAAAUUUGUCCAACAUGGAGUCACCUCUUGGGGCCUUGGAUGUGCCCAGUUCAUGAAACCUGGUGUUUAUGUCAGAGUUUCUAAUUAUAUUUCUUGGAUUAAUAAUAUAAUGGAAAACUACUGAUCCUGGAUAUGGACUGCCCUCUCCUGGAAAGCAGUAUGCACAUUAGAAAUAUAAGAUUCCAAGUGCAAUAUUAAAGCUACAAUCAUUCCUAACAAAGUAAAAUAAAUAUAAUCAUCCAUUUUAAAUCACUAUAAAUUAACAGUCAUUGACCAGAAACUCAGAUUGUUACCCUUUUUCCAAUAUGUUCUAUGGUUAUCUGUAUUUGACAAUAAACCUACCAACCUCUCAAAUACUUGUCAAAAAUCCCAAUACCAUCUGCGACAGGACAUCUGUAUUUCAAUCUUAUAUUAGGCUCUAGAAUGACUUCUUCUAAGGUUGAAUUUGUCAAGAUGUUGGGCCUCCAACAAAUGAAGGAGAACUACUGCUCACUUUCCGCGAUGCGUCUGACCUUCUUACCAACUUAAUGAUCUAAAACAAAGAAGAAUCUCACUGUGGAUGUCAUUCAUGCAUGCCAGGUUUUAUUAGAUGUAUCUGCUAUGGCAUAAUAUACAUGGGAUGGAAAAAAGAAGUAAA